AUGAGGCCAGGUCACCUGACUAAUGAGCCGUAUGACGGUUAUAUACCAGUUGGUAUCUAUGGUUGGCGAAAACGAUGCCUGUAUGCCUUCAUCCUUCUACUCAUGAUCAUUGUUAUCAUGAAUUUGGCACUUACCGUAUGGAUUCUGCGAGUCUUAGAUUUUUCUAUUGGAACUUUGAACCCUAAAACGGGCCGCCUGAUAGGGGGUGGAAUGGGUAAAUUAAGAAUUAUGAAAGAUGGUAUUAGGGUUGAUGGACAGUCAGAAUUUUCUAAAACCUUAUAUACAUCGAAUAUUAAUGCUCCGGAUAAUCAACCAUUAAUUGUGGAGUCCAGCAGAAAUAUCACUCUACAAGCCAGAGAUAAAAGAGAUGUAGUUACAAAUACAUUAGUAAUAGGUGAUAAGAAAAUAGAAUCGACCUGUGAAAAAUUCUCUGUGAAGGAUAAGAAAGGUCGUGAACGCUUGUCCAUCACUGACGGACAUGUUCAAUUGUAUCAUAAUGAAUUUAUACAUAAAGGAGAAUCAAUAUUUGAUGGAUCAAUUGAAACACCUACUGUUCGCUCACCAAAGACCAAGCCUCUAAUUAUUGAGGCUCCUGAGAGUUACGUGAAACUUGUUGGUCACAGUGGUGUGAAUGUAAUUUCACUUGCAGGAAAAGUGGAUUUCAAGAGUUCAAAAGAAAUAGUUUUCCAUUCAAGUAAAGCUUCAAUAUCUUUAGAUGCCAAAGGUAUCUAUUUAAAAAAUAUGAAAAUCAGCUCAUCUACGACAGGCGGUAGUGAUCCUAAUCUUCCUAAAGUACACCAGCUGUGCAUGUGUGACACAGGCCGUCUCUUCCUGGCAUCCCCAACGCAAGAGUGUGAAGCAACAGCUGAACUUUGCAGAAGAUAG